AUGGCCCCCCCAACCGCACCCCUCAACCUCGACGUCGAGGCCAUAUCCGGCAUCUGCGGCUCCAUCUCCAUCGCCUGCUGGGUAGUCGUCUUCUCCCCCCAAAUCAUCGAAAACUUCCGCCGCUCUAGCGCAGACGGCCUCUCGAUCCAGUUCAUCGUCGUCUGGCUCCUCGGCGACGUGUUCAACAUCCUGGGAGCCGUCAUGCAAGGGGUUUUGCCUACGAUGAUCAUUUUGGCGAUCUACUACACCAUUGCCGAUAUUGUACUACUGGGGCAGUGUUUUUAUUACAGGGGUUUCACGCUGAGAGAUGAUCCUGUUGCUCCGGCACCAGCACCAGCACUACCAAAGACGACGAGCACGACAGCGAGGAAUGGAACUGAUGAGAUUGGGGAGAGAAGUGGGCUUUUGAGUGGGAGCGAGGGGGUUUAUGGGAGUGCAGGGGAGUUGGAAAGGAGGGGGAGCUGGACGCAUCUGAGUCCGGCGGUGCCGAUGAUUGAUGUGGAGGAGGGAGCUGGUGGGCAGGGGCAGAAGGUUAGGGCGAGUCCGCCGACGAGGUUGCAGAGUUUGGGGUUUAAUAGUUCGGCUGUGUUGAUGGUUUGUGCGGCGGGGGUGGGUGGGUGGUGGUUGAGUAGGGGGUACGGGGGGAAUGAGGAGAAGGGUGGGAAGGGGGAGGAGGAUCCUCUGCAGAUGGAUUUUUGGGGGCAGGUUUUUGGGUGGUUGUGUGCGGUUUUGUAUCUGGGAUCGAGACUGCCGCAGUUGUUGCUCAACUGGAGGAGGAAGUCGACCGAGGGGGUGUCGAUUUUGUUCUUUCUGUUUGCGUGCUUGGGGAAUCUGACGUAUGUGCUGUCGAUUCUGGCUUAUGACCCGGUUUGCGGGGAGGAUGGGGAGUGCAGGGAUGGGGAGGCGGCUAGGAUUUACUGGCAGUAUGUGCUGGUGAACUUGUCGUGGCUGGCCGGCAGUGCGGGGACGCUGUUUUUGGAUAUGAGCAUCUUUGUGCAGUUUUUCUUGUACAGCAAGGGGGAUGAGGAGGAUGAGGAAAGUGACGACGAGGGGAGUGUGAGCGGGAGUGAGGAUGAGGAUGAUGAGGAGAGCAUUGCUGGGGAUCGGUGGGAUCAACGGCCGGUCUUGGAGAGGGGGGUUUCUAAUUACGCAUAA